UAUUUCUUUAUUUACUUUCGGGUCAACGGCGUUUGAUUCGUCCCAAAAACAGCUGAGCUGGACGGAGUAGAUUCGCUGCUGAAAUCGUGUUUGGUUUUACAUUAAAUUUAUUUUGAAGAUUUAGAAUAAGAUUUUAUAAAAUGUUCAAAGUUCUGUCGAAAGUUGUCGGUAUUUGCGGUUACGUUGUCCAGUAUGGAUGUCUCACACACUGUACCUUCGAAUAUCUGGGAGAUUUUGUGGUGUGCGUUGGUCCUUCCAUGGAACCGACGCUGCACACAAACAAUGUCCUAGUAACGGAUCGAGUCAGCCCCCGGAUAAACCACCUGCAGCGGGGUGACAUCAUCAUUAGCAGAAGUCCCACCAAUCCUCAACAGCACGUUUGCAAACGCAUCAUCGGGAUGCCCGGUGACCGGAUCAUGACCAGGGCAUCGUUCAAUCUCAAUCCCUUGUCCAAUACCUACACAAUCCAUACAUCCGUCAUUUCGACCGGUGGAGAAGCAUCCACUAUUGCAAGCACAUCUGAUUCGGUGCUAGACCAAAAGCUUCAUCAGAAAGCGGACAUCGUGUCCGGCUCGGUCGAUGCCAAAAGCAACCGACAAGAACCUCAACCAGCAGCAACAUCGGUUCGUUUCACCGGUGUCGAAGAAUCAGUCGAAAUAGUAGACCAUCAUCCUCCCCAUCCGGAAAUUCGGACCAGCAUAGUAACGGUCCCUCGGGGUCAUCUGUGGAUCGAGGGCGACAACAUUCACAACAGUUCUGACUCCCGGAACUAUGGUCCGGUGCCGAUAGGAUUGGUCAAAAGUCGGGCCGUGUGCCGUGUCUGGCCGCCAACCCAGUUUAGACUGUUUAUCUAAACGGGCAUGUCGCUGUCGUGUAAGUAGGAGCUAACCAAUUACUCAUUUUGUUGCGAAGAUGAUAUUCUUACAUUUCCACUAAAAUAUACGUUUUCUAUGAUCAUA